AUGCUGUCGGCGGUGGCGGUGGCCGUGGCGGUGGCCGUGGCGGUGGCCGUGGCGGUGGCGGUGGCCCUGGCACUGCCCGCCGCCCCCGCGCUGCGGCACCGCCUGGCCCGUUCCGCGCUGCUCCGCGCCGCGGGCCGGUACCGGCGACGGCUGGAGCUGCGGGGCAGCGAGGUGCGGCUCAGCCAGGAGCGGCGGCUGCGGCGGCUGCUGCCCCCCGGCACGGCCCGCGGCUCGGAGGCUUUCCGGGAGCGACACCCCCUGCGGCAGAGCUGCCCCGCCGGGGCGCUGGGGGAGGAGGUCCCCCCGCUGCGCCCCUGGGCUCUGCUCCGCAGCUGCUGGGGCACCGACCCCCCGCUGCAGGGGUCCCUGCUCUACCUGGACACCCUCCACGUUGCCUUCCCGCAGGCGCUGGCCCCCCAGGGCACGGCCCUGCUCUCCUGGGCACCCGCUGGCCCCCGCGCCCCGGCGGGGUGGCCCUUGCCUACCCUAUACUGCACCCCGGCCGAGGCGGGUGCUCUGCCCUCGAGGGCCGCCGCGCUGCGGGUGCAGCUGCUCUUCGCCCUGCGGAUGCGUGCCCUGCACGUGCUGGAGGCCGGGCUGGCCACCGAGCUGCACGACGCGCUGGCGGCCCUGCGUGCCGGCUGGCCCGGCCUGGCCGAGGACCUGGCGCUGGGCAGGCUGAGCCCCCAGCCCGGGUUGCCCGAGGAUGCGCGGGGACGGCUGCAGGCGCUGCUGGCCCCCGAUGCUGCCCGGGCAGCCGAGCUCCGGGCCGAGUGCGCCCAGGGCUUCGAGGGCAUCGUGCAGCGCCUGUGGCCGCAGCUGGAGGUGGUGGUGGUGGGGACAGCGCAUGGCGCGGAGCAGCUCUACUGCGACGCCCUCCGCCAGGCCGACUGCAAGGGGCUGCCGUUCUACUGCCCCUUCUACCGGGCGGCAGGAGCCCUGCUUGGUGUGAACCUGUGGCCAAAGGAACCAGCGCCCCGAUUCUUGCUAUGCCCCGACUGGGCUUUCUGCGAGUUCCUGCCCUGCCCGGCCGAGGAGGAGCCACAAACAGUGCUGCUGGGCGAGCUCUGGGAGGGACGCGAGUACGGGCUGGUCCUGACAGCCCGGCCUGGAGAAUACAGGUGCCGUGCCGGGGAGGUGCUGAGGGUGGCCGGGUUCCACAAGCAGUGUCCCGUGGUGGAGCCCGUCCGCAGGGAGAGCCAGGCGCUGAGCGUGCGGGGCGAGAGCAUCCCCGAGGAGCGGUUCUGCCGAAGCCUGUGCCGCGCCGUGGGCAUGUGGCCGGGCGCUCGCCUGGUUGACUACGUCUGCGUGGAGAGUGCCUUGCUGGGUGCCUCUUCGGGGGCCUGCGCCCCCCACUACGAGGUGUUCGUGGAGCUGCGGGGCCUGCGGGACCUGUCGGAGGCACAGCGCUACAAGCUGGACCAGUGUCUCCAGGAGGAUUUUCCCAUCUAUAAGUCUUUCCGCUUCAAGGGCAGCAUCGGGCCCCUGCGCCUGCACCUGGUGGGGGCCGGAGCCUUCGCCCGGCUGCGGGAGGCGCUGGGCUCCCCCCUCCCCAUGCCCAGGGUCCUGCGGGAGGAGCGGCUGCUGCAGCUCAUCCAGAGCACCGUCAUCUCCUAGGGCAGCUCCGGGGGUCCCGCAGCCCUCCUGCCCCUGGGGUUCGCUUGCCGUGAGCCCUCUGGGGAGGGAGCGGGGCUGAGUCCCUGGCGGGGGGUGCAGGUGCCAGGGUGCCCAGCACUGGAGGGUUUGGCUGAGCGGAGCGGAUGGAGCCAGCAACGUCAACCGUGCCCCUGCUCCGUGGUGGCGGCAGGUGCUGGGCACUGGUGGGAACGCCAGUCGGUCCUGCCCACGGGGACGGCGCAGGAUGGAGCAGGACCCAGCCAAAACUUCCCUGGGAGCCAGGAGGAGCAGCGGAGCCCCGGGCCCGCGCAGGAGCUCGGCUCAUCCCUGCACUGUGGCAUUUUGUCCCCAGGCAGGGACACCGGGGGCAGGGCACAGGGUGGUCUGGGCUGGCAGGUGCUGGCUGGUUUAGGAAACAAUGAGCUCCAGCAAGGGCUGAUUUUAAUGUUUAAAAAAACAGAAGCAAAAUAAAGGAGGAUUAUCUCUCAAAAAUAA